GAUUGGACACUGUCUCUGUUCUGUGCGAAGAAAGAUGAGCUCAAUCUGCGAUACAGAUAUUCCAGUUCGACUCCAGAACCUGGACGCUUUCACGGCUUCUUACAAGAACUCCCUCCAAUCACUGAGAGCCAUCGCACACGAAACUGCUCGAUUUCAAGCUAAACUAGCAGAGGUUAAAGGUAAACUGAGGGAGGCAGAGGAUGAUUUGGUGAAAGCACUAGGAGUCAAGACUCGCAGAGAGGCCAAGCGGAUGGCUCUGAUGGACGCCAUUGCUUCUGUUAAGGGCAGAGUUGAAGGUCUUAAGACCAGUAUUCAUGAGCAGAGAAUCAAAAAUGAAGAAUGUGCCACAAUUGUAUCUCAACACUGUCUUGCAUCUGAAGAGAAAACAAAUGAAAGCAUUGAACAUAAGGUUGAAACACAGGAGGCCAUCUCAUGGUACAAUAGGAUCCUUGGUUUUCAUGUUGAAGGUGGACGUGGGGUGAAAUUCACCUUCAAGAAUAUUAAUGCCAACAACCCAAAUGAGGAGUACUUUUUUACUAUCCGUCACGAAGAUGACAUGUACACAUUGUUAAAUUGUGAACCAUCUGUCAAAGACACCAAAGAGUUGAUCCAUGAAUUAAACAAGACAAAUGGGCUAUUUAAAUUUGUCAGAAUAAUGAGGAAAAAGUUCCAAGAAGCAGUGCCACAAGGCAGUUUAUCUAUGACAACAAAUGAACAUCAAGAAUCUGCCUUAAUCUCUGCAUCUGCUCCAGCUUUAUCGAUAUCAACCAUUAGAAGUUAUUCUCCAACUACGGUAAAUGAGCAUCAAGGUGAACCCACAGAAAGUAAUAUGCAUCUCAGGAAACAAAACACUCAGAGAAGGGUAAAAUCAGCACUUCUGUCUCCUGGAUCUGCAUCAUCUGUUCACCAAUCUCCUCUUUUGAAGGUCAGGAAAUGAAGUGGAGUGAGAGAUUUUUGUCACCUCAUUUUGAUGAGACAUGCUGAUAACGUGAAGUAUUCAUCUAGGCAUAACUCAUGACUCCAGUUGCUAACAAAUUAACACGCAAGUCAAGACAUA